AUGUGGGCCCCGCAUGACGUGCACGCGGUCUCUUCAUCGUCGUCGUCGAGCAUUACGCAACGGAGAGAGAUUUAUACAGUAUGGAUGAAAUCAUUGGUGUUUAAUGGAAAUGGUUGCACCAUUUACGAUUCCGACGGUCGGAUAGUUUACCGUGUCGAUAACUACGAUUGCAAGUGUAGCGCCGAAGUCUUUUUAAUGGAUCAUAGUGGCAAAACACUUCUCAAGAUCCUAAGAAAGAAACUUCGACUUUUUGGUCAAUGGGAGGGACAUCGAUGCUGCGGCGCAGAUGGUGAAGGGGAGGAGCCAUGGUUUAGGGUUCAAAAAGCUUGUGGAAGUUUGAGGAGAAGCCAAUCUAGUGAAGCAUGCACAGUUAGGGUUGGAUGUGGAACAUGCUUUAAGAUUGAUGGAUGGGCACAUAAAUCAGAGUAUAGGAUUAAGAGCAUGGAUGGGGAGGUAGUUGCAGGGGUAAAGAGGAAGCAAACAACUAAUGGGGUUGUGUUGGGAGAGGAUGUGUUGAGCCUAGUGGUUGAGCCCAGUGUGGAUCACUUACUCAUCAUGGGUUUGGUUGUGGUUUGUGGCCUAAUCAAUCACUGCAUGUGA